AUGCAGAAGAUGCACUCACAGGAAUCUGGAAACAAUGCAAGUGCCCAACAUCCAUUGAAUUUUACCAUGCCAGCUCAAAUCCUAAAUGGUAUUCAUCCAAUGAAUUUUCCAUUUCAACAAGUUCUUCACUUUGAUCCAACAAAUAGAAAUUAUCAUCCUCAUGCCGAUCAGCAACAUCGCAUUCACCUUGAUCCAAUUAAUGGAUCCUUCUUCCAGAGUCUUUUGAAUGCUCCAAUGUGCAAUACUCAAACUCGUGAUGCAACCAAAGAACGAAAGAAGAGAGAAAAAGAUAACAUUGUGAUUCUGAACAUCAUUCCGCAUUAUUUCUGCAUUGAAGUUGAGUUUCAACACCCUACAUCUGCUGCUAAACACUGGGCCAUAUUUGUCUAUCUGAUUGGUAACAAUCAAAAGGGAGCAGCUAUGUGGGAUCGUAUUUUAGAAGCUUGGAAAGAGAAUAUUGGGUUACAUGCAAUACGGCUUGAAAUAACAACAGCCUGCAACUCAAAUGUGAGCAAGUUUCAUGCACAGUAUGAGCGUUUAGAACGGCAUCCACAAAGUGGUUCGAACUCAGAUGAUCUGAGAAUAAAUGCUAUGCGGUCGUAUGAAGAUUUAGUUGGUGCUCCAUUUAAAUUUAUCCAUUGUUGGGAAAUUUUGAUUAAAAUCCUAAAUGAGCUUACAAAGACAGCGGCUACAGGAUGUAAACAAGGAGUUGAGCACAACAAAACAACAAUGGUCAAUCAACUAGAAGGCAACAUUAAUGAUUGUGAUGUUCUUUCUGAUUGUACCUUAGUUGAUGGCAUUGAGCGACCGCAAGGAAGAAAAGCCUGUAAAGAGAGGAAGAGAAAACUGAAUGAGGAAAAAAGUGUGGUUGAUGCAUUGAGCAAGUUGCAGUGCAUAUUAGAGAAACAAAUUAACAUUAAUCAAGCAACUUUGGAGAUGAAAAGAGAAAAAGAUGCAAAAGAACUACAGCUAAGGGGGGAAGUAAUGCAAAAAGAACUAGAAUUAAAAGAGAGAGCUCAAAAGUUGAAAGAAAAAAUUUCUCCCCUAUUCGUCGAGCUUAUUAUGAACUUAGAAAGGCUGAAAGAAUUGGAGGAUGACGAUCCUCGCAACUUUAAUCCGGACUUAUGA